CUUCUCUUCGUGUAGUUUGUGCUUCCAGGAACAGUGCAGCUGCCGGAGGGGAGUGAGGUGCACUGCCGUCGCCGCCGCCGCGAUGGACUGACAUCUGGAAACAGCUCGUUUCUGUCCGCACAGCUGCACGACUUCAUUUCUCCAACAUCUCCGGUCAAUUAUCAGGAAAUCAUUCCGUUGGAAAUUCUUCCUCAGACUGAUCCUUGGUGAAAUUUACACAAUCAUAAGAGGACCGUGAAGCCCCGGUCCUGCCCUCAUCCUCUUCCUUGUGCAAUGCCGAAGAGUGACACGUGGCCAGGCGGCGUUGCCAUGGAAUCCUUGAGCAAUAUGGACAGUGCUGGGAGCUGCGACAGUGUAAUCAGCAUGAACUCUGGCUAUAGUGAUGACAGUAUGGAGCACUUAUCUGCAGAAGAGAGGGCAUGUCUCAUGUAUCUGGAGGAAACAAUUGAGGCGCUGGAAGUACAGGAGGACAGCGGCUUAUCCAACGAUGAACCAGAUUCUGGGCACCUGGCAGAAAAAAUGAGUCUGAUGAAAGUAGAGGAUAUUUCCGGUGUCAAGUCUGAUGAAUCCGGAAGAGACCAGAAAUCAUUUCUCAUUUGUGGAGUUCCCACACCACCUGUUCACUUAUCAGCAGAGCCUGGAUCCAGAGCAUUAACCACUGAAGACAAAGCUGAGCAUCAUGCUCUGAGUCAAACCUCUGAACCACAGUCCACAGCAGCUUCUUCAUCAAUAAACCUCAUGACUCAACAAAAACCUCCAGUCCCUGAAUCAGUUACUGGCCACAAAGUCUCCUCACCAACUACUCAGACUGAGGUGUUGGGUUCAUCCACUGAUGGAUCUGGCAAUUCUCAGUGUGUCCCUACAGCUCAGUCCACUAAGGCCUCUGACAUAGAUCUGGGUCUGAUCCCCCCUCCCUCAGACUUCAUGGAUGAACCAGACCCUCUUCCACAGCCAGAGAAAGAAAAACAACUUCCUCCAUUUGCAGGGGCAUCUAAUAAUAGGCCAGCAACAUCUAUCGACUUGGAGCAGCUACACCCGAGAGCCUCUGCAAAGACAACUUCAGUGAGCACCCCUGUGACACAGGAACCUCCAAACAAGCCCUCAUCCGAAGUGCCUGCCAGUCUUAAUCCACCAGCAGUUGCCUCUGGUCCUCUAAUGAGCCCUCCCUCUGAGACAGCAGAGCCCAGAAGUCCACCUGCUGUGGCCCCUAAGCCCAAGAAGCUUCCUGCCAACAUUAUUCUGAAGUCACACAAGGCAUCGGUGCCGGGCUCUGAUGGCAACUUGGUUCAUUCGGUCCCCGCUAGCAGUGACCGACAGUUGUUGGACCCUCAGAGAGUCCGCAUUGAGGCCCUCCGAAAGCUUGGCUUGCUUAAAAGUGAUGACACAGAAUCAGGCCCCACCCUGAGCCCCAAACUUUCACCCAAAACUCGAAAGUCAUGGGCAUCUCCUCCUUCUCCAAUCAGCCCAGCAGCUUCACAUACACCACCCUUAACACCAUCUUACACCCAUGUGAACAGCACACCACCUGCCUCUGUCCCUGCACCAUCAGCUACUCCUGCAGCUCCUGAUAUUCUUCCAGCACCUGCUGCUUUCAGUGAUGGACGUCCCUCAUCAGAUACUGAAAUGAUGGCUGUCAAAGAUGUUUUAAAGGCCACAGUUAAUGCACAGGCGAAGACCCCUCCUCAGACCCCUCCUGCUCUGGUCAAACAGCUAACCCCACCUAGGAAAACUGGUGUCAAAUCAGCCACCUUGGAGCGUUCUGGUCUGGGUCUAAGCAGCUAUAUCGCUACUCAAGGAUCCAUCGAGUCCGAUCAGGGCGUCAGCGGUGCGCAGAGCCUCAGUCAGCUGCGUAACAAUCGGCCGCGCCCUGCCUCUUUGGGGAGUAGGAAAGAGUUCUCAAGUGAUCACGGAGAGGGUGUGCAGGCGGGCCAUCCCACCAGCAAAGACCCGGAGUCACGGAUGUCCCUGCCUGCCCGCACUGUCUUCCAGCACUCCGGAGACUCUCAGAAGCUGCCUCGAUCGCAAGGUAUCAGUGUGCUGAUCUGCCCUCGUGCAGAAAAUGGAGAGAACCGCCGCGAGGCUCUGAAGAAACUAGGACUGCUCAGGGACUGAGGCAAAUCUUCCAACUAUAUUUAAAGAAACAUACCACAUUGAUUGAUGAAGACAUUACAAAACUUUCGGGAAGCAGCUUAGCAACAUAUUUAUGCAUUUUCAUUUUAACUGCAUUAAGCUAUUAUAACCAGAGACUGCCUCACAUGGAUGUCAUGCCGACACUUGCAUCUAUUUGUUACUUGUACAGCCAUAUAUACAGUGUUGUAUUUCUCAUAAAACUACUAACUCUCUGA